UGUUUGUGUUUUUGUUGACCCCGUAAUAGCCGGCUAGUGAGCUUGGCAUUUAAACAGCGAUCAGUGAAGCUGAGAACGCGAACAAGAUCAGUGAUUUUUAGUGCGAAAGAAAAGAAAACAGGAAAAUCGUCGGAAUUUUCGAACCGAAUCAAACUUUCUAGUAUCCGAGGGAUGAGAACCCAAAUACACCGGCAAUAUGGUAGAUGAUGGCAAAACAAAUACAACAACGGUCUCAAUGGAUUCCAAUGGCAAAAAUGGCACAGGAAAUCUGCCCAAACUUAUAAUUUCGGACAAUGUUAAACAACAGCCGGUGAAAUCGACACAGCCCACAAAGAAAACGAAAAAGAAGAAGAAGCACCGUGAUCACAGCGAUUUAGGUGAAAAUUUUGUGGCGCCCGAUGGCGGUUGGGGUUGGUUUGUGGCCAUUGCCAGUGGUGUCAAUAUUUUGGUAACAUUUGCCAUGGCCCAACAAUUCGGCAUUAUCUUUCGGGCACAUAUGGCAGACAUGGGAAUAUCCAGCUCUCAGUUGACAACAAUUAUUAACACACAGGUCGCUAUAUCGGCUAUGACAGGCUUGCUCAAUGGCCCACUGUUCCGAAGAUUUUCUUACCGCCAAGUGGCUUUGGUGGGUUCUUUUUUGACAUUCAUAGGUUUGUUCGCUUGCGUCUUUGCCGAAUCGUUCGUAUUUUAUGUGCUGGCAUUCUCCACCUGCUAUGGUUUUGGAAGAGGCCUAACCGUGUCUGCUUCAUCAUUGGCUGUGAACACGUUCUUCAAGGAGAGAAGACGUACUGCUACCGCCUAUCAAUUCGGUGUUGCGGGCUUGGGUCCCAUUGUUCUUCCCUACGUGGCUACCUUCCUCUUGGGCAUGGUUGGCGUCCGUUAUACUGUCCUCUUCUUUGCUGGUCUUUCGCUGAACACCAUUGCCUGCUCGUUGGUGUACCAACCUGUCCUGUGGCAUGUCAAGAAGCCAGCAGCAGCUGAUGCGGAGGCAUCCAAGAAACUCAACGCAACGAACGAUGAAGACGACCAUAUCAUUGCACAACCGGUGGAACCGGACACACCCACCUUACCACGUGCCAACGAUGGAUGGUUUGGCUCGAAGUCAUCCCUGAACUCUUCCUCAUAUCGCAAUCGAUUGGGUACGUGGGAGAAGCAGCAGCAGAGCGAUGAACAGGGCGUUGAAUUGAAACGUCUGAAUAGCAGUGAAGCCACUGCCAAAGUACGCAGUUUCUCCCUUAGUCACAGUAUUAAAGAGGAAAAGGAUGGCGAGGAGAAUGAAGAACAUGAACACAAUACCCAAUUGCAAAGCUACAGUAAUAACAACAACAAUAAUAGUAAUAACAACAAUGUCAAUAAUAAACUGAAAAAGACUGAUGAUGAUGACGAGGAAGAGGAGCCACCCAAGAAACUAUCGAUCCUAAUGAAAAUUGUUAUAUUUUUCGAUUUGGAUUUACUUCGUGACAUUACCUAUUUGAACUUGGCCCUGGGUCUGACCCUGAUCAAUUUUGUUGAAAUCAACUUUGCCAUCCUGACGCCAUUCAUUUUGUCCGACUUUGGGUUCGCCAGUCAUCAGAUCGCCUUGGCCAUGUCACUGCUGGGCCUGUGUGAUUUGGUGGUACGUUUUCUGGUGCCGCUGAUAACGGCCAAAAUAAAUUUGGACAACAAGACGUUCUUCGCCAUCGGCAUAUUGGGCAUGUGCCUCGGACGCCUGCUGCUGUCGUUCACCACCAAUUUCUAUUUCAUGAUUGGCAUAUUUGCAUGGAUGGGUCUGAACAAGGCCUUCCGCACAGUAUUUUGGUCACUCAUCAUUCCCGGCUAUGUUCCACUGAAGAGAUUGCCCGCAGCAGCUGGGCUGCAGCUUCUUAUGUCUGGCAUAUUUUCCAUGGUAUGCGGUCCUGUAAUCGGUCUGAUUCGUGACAGGACCAGCUAUGCUUUCACCCUCAACUUCCUCAACAUGCUGUGUGUUGUGGCAAUUGGAUUCUGGGUACUGGAAUCAGUAAUUCGCAAGUACAAGGGCAAAUCAAAAUCGCUGGCCGAUGGUUCUUAAAUUGGAGACCAAUCUUUCAUUUGCUUCGAAAACUUCCAUUAGUUAAAAGUUUCGCACCGGUUUCAUCCAUUCAUUAUUUAUGUUAUGCUGUCGAACUGUUGCCUCCCCUAUCCCAAUGUCCCUCCCUCCUCCGCCCGCCCACAAUUAACUUUAAGUACAAUUUUGUUGCAUAGGUUAUUGUUAUAUACAAUUGUAACUUUCUGUAAAUAUAUAUACAUUACAUACAUAGAGACGUACACGUACAUACACGCAUAGCUAGUGAUACCAAUUGACAUUUGUACAUUUUAGUGCAUUUAAUACUACCUAUAAGUUUAGUAAAGAAGUAUAAAAGACAAAAAA